AUGACUGCAGCAUUUACUUUUACUUUAGGAAAACGGGUGGAGGCACCAGACAUACACAUUGAUGAAAAAGGGAAUAAAAUCAGUUGUACCAGAAAAAACAGCAACUAUAAAUACAUAUUGUGUAUUCUGUAUCAAAAUGGUCACCAAGUGCAAGAUACUGGUAAACAAUACAAUGAUAAACAUACUGAGAAGGCUUCCUUUACUGUCCCUGAUCUUCCUGAUGAGACUUUAUUUAAAUGUUUGUGUUAUACAACUGGAGAAAGGUGGACACGUACCAGCUCUGCUAUAACUAAAGCAGGAAAAUUUAUCACUGAACCAACAACAUCAGCAAGAAUAACAACAAAAAGAACAGAAAGCACCAUCACCACGACAACAACAACAAAUACAUCAGAUCGAAAUAAUUCUACCAACAUAAUAAUUGCAGUGGUAUGUGUUUUACUACUGCUCGCUGCGCUUGGCAUAAUCGGAUGGCUAUACAUAUCAAAACAAAAAAAGAAAAAGGUAGAAGGAGUCACUGGAGCAUCACCUGAUGGACAGACCCAAGAGUAUGCUCCUCAUGCCGUCAAUUCAACUGAUGGUCAACAAGCAGUCUCAACAGCAACUGAUAAGCCAAAUACCGGACAAGAUGAGAAUGGUCUCACUUAUGCUUUACUGACUUUCCAAGCAGCAAGUAAGCCAAGGGCCAAAGAUGAGUCACACACUGAUCCGUCUGUAUUAUACAGCUCAAUUGCUCCAAAACCAAAGUGAAAUGCAUGCUGCUGUCUCAUUUUGCAUUAUUCUCAGUAACGUUUGAAUUCUCUCUACCUCUAGUAUUGCUUGUCAUUUUGUACUUAUUCAAAGAUGUUCAGACUUGCAACAAAUGUUCUGAAUAUUCUCAUUUAAGAUGGACUGCUGCGAAAAUUCUGUGAUACCUAAUGCAAGCUGCAGUUUUUGCUCUAAACAAUGAGGUUCUAAAAAUGUGAAAUGUUGAAGGAAAUAAUCUUACAAAUGUUUUAUUAACUUUAUUGAUAUAACCAUAUAUGUGCUAUUAUUCCAAUUUAAUAAUUCAUGCUGUCCAGAUAACAGAGCAGUAGGUGCCUAGCAAGUCGUUGCAAUUGUACUGCAUAUUGUGUGCAUUUGGGCCAUAAUGCUGAAUACCAUUAUCAGUAAAGAUAUAAACAG